UGUCUGAAAGCAGCAGGGAUCCAGUAAGUCACAGUCCAGCAGAUCUGAGUUUAAGGAAAGAAAAAGCAUAAACGAUCAGACAAAAGGAGUUCUUUCAAGGAGGAGAUGUAAGGCAAAAGUCUUUCUUGCAUGUAAAGGUACUCCAAGUUCUCACACUGCUCUUUCCUGUUUGAGAAGAUCUAAACCUUUAACCCCAGAAGGUGCUUUUCAAAGAAGCUGAACAGAGGGAGGGAGAGGAGGUGGAGGGGAGAAAUGAAACUGCAGCAGUGAUGAAGGACUCUGUCUUUCCUGAGAGCAGGCUGGAGGUGUAGUUGAGGAGGUGCACAUCCUGCUGCUGCAGAUGGGGUCUCCUGGAGGUGCAGUGGCAGGCAGAGGAGGAGCUGCUGUGUGGGUGAGCCACAGAAGCAAUAGGAACCCUGGGCUGGGAUUUGCUGCCUACUCAUCACUAGCUCCUCGAUCCUGUUCCUCAUCAGAUGUUGCCUCAAGCAGGAGUCACUGAGUGGUUUCCCCUGUAUGAUGUUCAGUGAAGCUUCUGGAAGGAGGAAGUUCUCCAUCCCAGUUUGAAAUUAGCAUACAAAUACCCCAUGAUCCUGCACAGGUGCCCACGAGGAGUUCCUUCCACAUGUCUCUGCCACUCUAAAUCACCAGCUGAGGACCCAAACCUGGAUCUACAUUGAAGGCUCUGCCAUGUUGACUUCAAACAUACUUGAGAAAACUCUGCCUUCACAGUUCCCCUUUUCACUGCUGCUGGACUUGUGUUGGUGCCGCCAGGGAAGGUUUUGGAGCAAGAUUAGUUGAAGUAGAGAUAAGGGCAAUAAAAGCGUGCUGUGACUGAUAACAAAGCUGGUUCCCAUGAUAGCAAAGCCUGGCCCGAGCUGUGCUUGCCUUUGUGGUGCAGGAGAGGAAGGGCAGCAGGUUAGUGCUGGAGCUGUGUGGAGGCUGCAGCUGAGGUGCUCUGCGUGGGUGCUGUGCAGGAGGAAGCUGCUCCGGAGCACGGGGUGAGUAACAGUCAUGUUGCUGUGGUGGGGUUAAAUACUGCUGAGCUUUGUGACAAGUCCUCAGGGCUCACAGGGUGGACUUUCUCCACUGCUGUUGAGUGGGAGAAGGAACAUCAGCUGCACAGGUGCCUGUUGUCUUGGCCUGGGGGGCUCUUUUUGGCUGGUGUAGGCUCUCCUGGGGAGGUGUCUGUCAAUCAGAGCCUGUUUCCUGCAGAAUCCAAGGUGUUUUAAAGUCCUUUUGAAUGUGUUUUCCACUACAGACCCUGAAACCUGUUUUGCCAGUGCCAUGUGCCUGGUGAUCGCUGCCUGGGCUGUGCACAAGACACAGGUACAGAGGGUGGAGGCAGAGGUGUUUGCUUCCCAGCCAGGACGGAGCAGCAGGAUGGAGCAGGCUGGUGUCCAUCAGCUCUGCCCUGUGCCUUGCUCUUGCUCCGGUGAAGAAAUCCAGAACAAAUCCUGACGCUGUGUGUGUGAGAGCAGGAAUGUUCAUAUCAGGCCUAGGGCAUGGCCAGGAUGUGGCCCCGUGCUCUGGGGCAGAGGUGCUCCAGCAGCGCCAGCUCCAGAUGGUGACUGGUGGCUCCCAGCCCCACCACUCCCUAGGCAGGUCUGGGUGGUGCAGGUAAAGCAGGAAGCUGGUGGAUGGGAUGUUUCCUGCUGGGUUCGAAUAAGGCUGUUUAGCUACAGUGGUGCCUCUCCCCCUGACAGCCUUUCUGCAGCCUGAAAUGUACAAAAUGAAGAAUGAUUCUGUGACCUUUGUCUUUGCAAGCAGCAAACCUUGUGAUGGCCAUGGAGCUGCAGGCGUGCCGAGCACAGGCAGGGAUUGGGAACUCCUGAGGUCCGCAUGAGGAGGCCUGCGAGGCGGCAGGGAUGCUGCAGAGGUUGGGCUCUGUUGGCUGCAGGGCAUCAUGAUUCCCCUUACCUUCCCUGGAGCAUGUCCCAACCCCACGUUGAGGUUUGCUCCCUGAUGUGGGUGACUCCAGGCCAGAGCUCAGCCCAAGCAGUGUCCCCCUAAACCCAGCCUCUCUUGAAGGUUGUUCAGUGUUCCCCAGGGCUGGGGUGCAAUGAGGCUCUGGUACAACUCUCCAUGGUCCCUGCCAGGGCUCCAGGCAGGAGCAGCAGCUCUUUGCUGUCUGGCAAUCACUCUUUCCCAUAGGAUGCAGCUCAAAAGGGUCCUCGUGGUGUGGAAAUGGAGCCGUGCUGCUCUCCCUGCUGUGUGGGGCCCUGGUUUACCUGCUCAGGCUCCUGAAUAAUGGAAGGGCUGUAAGCAGAUCCAGCCCAGCUCUCCGGUUUCCCCAAGGGAAUCAUGGAAGCUUGGUCUCACCCCAGCCUCCCCCUGCCCCUCUCCUUGCUGGGGAUGCAGUGUAGGACAGGGCUAUGGGGAAGGUGGCUGGAACCUACUAUGGUUCCCUUGUCCCUGUCCCACCUGGUGCUCGCUCCAGCCCCAGAUGGGGGGACCCAAGACCCCAUCGUGGUAGGCACCAGGGGCUGUGUCUUGGCUGUGAAUUCCUUUCCCACUAUGGGCAGGCUCGUGGAGAGCCUCGUGCUUGGAGAGGGGCAAAUCGUGCCUUGAGAUGGCCCAUGAGGACCCCAGGGGGACUCUGCUGCACCUCAUAUCAGUGGGGUGUGCUCCCCAAAGGGUAGGGCUCUGCAGUGGGGGCUGCCUGCUGCACCCAUAGGUCCCAUGGGGACCCCAGGGCUGUGUCUGGGGGCCAUGGCCCCAACCCUCCCUUUCCUUCCUGCAUGGGUGGGAAGCACUGAGCCCUGGUUCCUGCAGCUGCUGCUGGUCCUUUCCACAUCCCCCCUGAGCCCCACAUCCCAUCCUUGCCAUGUGCAGUCACUCCUAGGUCUGAUUCCAGCUCCCUUGGUUGUCCUGGUGUCACUCAGCCCUUGUCUAGGUGCAGAUACAGGCCUUGGUGUCCCCAUUGAGCUCCCGGGACCCCACGUGCACAGAGGCACCGGCAUCCCGUGAUGGGAAUUUAAGGAUUUAACCAUCGAGCACCGUGAGAACAGGGAAAGCCAGUGGAUUCGGGAGCCUGCGGAUGCCUUUUCCUCCCCUUCCCAGUGCCAUUACCUGCUUCCUGCUGUCCCUUAUCUCUCUGCAGCCACCUUUGUCCUUGCAGGUUUGUCGGAGCAGGGCAGUUCCAUCUGAGCCCACAGCGAGCAACCAGGGCUGGAGGGUGUCCCAGCGGACUGGUAGAAGACAAAGCCUGGGAAGAGACACUGGGGCCCUUCCGAAGGUCUCUGGUGUGCCCGGUGCUAUGCGAUGCUCCCUGAAGCGCUCCCUCUCGGCUGCGCUCGCAGCCUCCUUCCUCCUCCUCCUCCUCUUCCUCUACGGGGGCAGCCGGCAGGAACAGGAUCCCCCAGAGGUGGAGCUCAGGGCCUUGGCCCCAGAUGUGGUCCUGCAGCUGCUGCAGCCGGAAGGAGCCCAGCGCAUCCUCAGGGACACAGGCAGCCUCUCGGCACUCCACAACGUCUCCUACCACCUCCUGGCUGGCUCCCUGUCACCCCACAAAAAAUUCCUGGCGGUGGGAUUGGCAUCAGUGCAGCGCCCGCGUGGCUACUACCUCCCAGCCACGCUCCAGUCCCUCUUCAAGCAGUCGACAGAGGAGGAGCUGCAGGAGAUGGUGGUGGUGGUGCACUUGGCUGACACAGACCCCAUGUGGAACGUGCGUGUGGCCGCCAACAUCGCCACCAGGUUUGCUCAGCACAUCCUCCUGGGCCGGCUCCUGCUCAUCCACGCUCCCCACGAGUUCUAUCCCACCCUGGAGGGCCUCAAGAGGAACUUCAAUGACCCCGAGGAGCGGGUGAGGUUCAGGUCCAAGCAGAACGUGGACUACGCUUUCCUGCUCGCCUUCACCGCCAACCUCUCCUCCUACUACCUGAUGAUCGAGGAUGAUGUGUGGUGUGCCAAGUCCUUCCUGACGGCCAUCCGCAAGGCUCUGGCUUCCCAGGAGGGCUCCAACUGGGCCACGCUGGAGUUCUCCAAGCUGGGCUAUAUUGGGAAGCUCUACCGCUCCAGUGACCUUCCUCGCCUGGCUCGCUUCCUCCUCCUCUUCUACCAGGAGAUGCCCUGCGACUGGCUGCUGGUGCACUUCCGCCUCCUGCUCACCCAGAAGGACGCCAUCCGCUUCAAGCCCUCCCUCUUCCAACAUAUGGGCCUCUACUCCUCCUUCCAGGGCACCGUCAACAGGCUGGAGGACGAUGAGUUCCAGGCGGAUGCCAUGGACCUUCCGGACAACCCCCCGGCAGCCUUGUUCACCACCAUGUCUGUCUUUGAGAACUACGAGCCCCUCAAGGCCUACAGCAGCACAGAGGGGUACUUCUGGGGGAAGGACCCAGCAGCCGGCAGCACCUUCUCCAUCGUGUUCCAGCAGCCGGCUCGUGUCACCCGUGUCCGGGUGCGCACAGGCUCUGCCGAGCGCCGGGGGGACAUCCUGCAUGCUGGGGUGCUGGAGCUGGGCCGGCGGCGCCGCGGCGAUGGUCGGGACUGCUCUGCCUACACCGUGGUGGGCACCUUCGAGAACGGCAGCUGUGAACGGCUGGGGCUGGAGAGGGGCAUCCCAGGGCCUGUGGAGUGUGUGAGGAUCCGGGUGACGCGGGACCAGAGCGAGUGGCUCAUCAUCCAGAGCAUCGAGAUCUGGACCAUGGCAGGCAGCUGACCGUGGAGGAGGCAGGUUACUGAUAUUGGUGCAGUUUGUACUCAGAGGUUCCUUGGUUUUAUUCCCCAGUCUUUUUUAGUUUGGAUGAGGAAUUAAAUUAUUGGCUCCUGCUGGCACCUGUGUCCAGAGGGAUGUGGGAUGGGAGCGGAGCAGGGCCCCCAGGCUGUGUCUGGGUGCAGGGUGAGGGGAGCAGAAGCUCCAUUAGGAAGGAUGGGGUAGGGGACAAAGGCAAUCAUCUGAUGAAGCCACAGUUAACCAGGCAGUGGCACCUCCAGCAGCCUCUCCUCACCAUCCCCUCCCCACCUGAGUCACCAACUCCUGAUUUCUAACCUGCAGGUUAUCCUCUUAUCCCAUUUUCCAGUUGUCCCCAGGAGGGGUUGGGGUAACUGCUGAGCAAACCCCUCGCCCUCCAGCACCCAGGCCCUAGGGCAAGAACCCAGCCAUUGGUGGUCACCCAUGUCCCAGUGCUGGUGAGGGGGCACCAGCCACCAGAUGGACCCAUUGCACCAGGACAGCUCCCAUCCAGCCCCCAUCCUGCUGUUCAGACCCUUCCAACAGAUUUUUCCCCUCUUGGAGGAGGGAAACCAGGGACCACCCUGUGUCCACAAGGGAUUCACACUGAGAAGGAAGAACAGGGAAAAUGGGGUCCAACAAUUGAGCCCAUGGAACAAGGAUGGGUAAAGCAAAAUGAGACCCUGGUAGGAUGUGAAGCUGGAGCAGCCACUUGGUGCUGGAGCCCCAGACCUGCUGGGAUGGGACCUUUCCCUGAAAAAACAGCCAGCCAGGUAAUAGGGUUUUGUCUGCAUUUAAUAUAGAGAUGCUACACAAUGAUCCCCAGCACCUUCCUGACGUUGCCAAUGUUCUCAAUGGGACCAGUAUACCCAUGGCAGAAUCACUUCAGUUUCCUCCACCCACCCCAGGUCCAGUCAGAGCUCUUGGGAGUGCCUGGAAUAGCACAAGUGUCCCCUUCCCAGGGCCCCAAGACCCAGAGGAGUGUUUACAUUGCUCCUGCAGAGACUUUGCCCAGGCCAUGAGUGCUCCUGACCAUGCUGUGAGAGCAUCAGGGGUUACCAGUGUGGGUGCAAUGGAAAGCUUUCUCCCCAGUAUGUUUUUAUCCACUGCUAAAGCAGGAAAAAAUAACAUGUAAAUCAAC